UCUCUCUCUCUCGUCCCUGAAGGUAGACGCGAGCGGCAGCGGGCGUUUCCUCUUCCUCUCUCUCACGCGUACAUUUAUCCUCAUCUUAUUCCCUCCUCCACACGAUUUUUCCCUUUCCUAUCCUCCUUAUUCUUGGCCUUCUUCCCAGUAUUAUUAUUAUUAUUAUUGUUGUUGUUGUUGUUAUUAUUAUUAUUCUCGCUAUCCUCGCCUUUCGCCCAGCGAUCAGGGAAUGGCGGCUCUCCCGCACCCGAUCCCCGCCCCCAAUAUCCUCGUCCGCUCCUCCCCCUCCAACCCCGCAUUCCUCGCUUCCCACCGGACCACCCUCCUCGGCGAUCUCUCCGCUCUUUCUCUCAGGCCACGAAGGUCGAGGAGACUCGACCGGAGGAGCUGGUCUUCGGCGUCCGUGAGGGCCGUCCUCGACUUCGACGUCUCCAGCGCCGCCCUCAAGACAUCAUCGAACGUCUCCUCGCGGCAGCGGCGACAGCAGGAUGAUGAUCAUCAGUCAAAGGUUGCAAAUUUGAGUGAUAUCAUAUCAGAGCGAGGAGCUUGUGGAGUUGGAUUCAUUGCAAAUUUGAAAAAUGAACCUUACCAUAAGAUUAUUCAAGAUGCUCUUGCAGCUCUUGGCUGCAUGGAACAUCGUGGAGGUUGUGCUGCAGAUAAUAACUCUGGUGAUGGGGCUGGACUAAUGACUUCAGUUCCAUGGGAUUUGUAUAAUGACUGGGCCAGCAAACAAGGUCUUGCUUCAUUGGGCAGGUUUAAUACUGGUGUUGGCAUGAUUUUUCUUCCCCGAGAUGAAAAGUUUAUGAACGAAGCAAAAUCAGUUAUCAUGAAGACAUUUUCAGAAGAAGGUUUGGAGGUGCUUGGAUGGAGACCAGUUCCUGUAAAUACAUCGGUAGUUGGUUACUAUGCGAAAGAAACAAUGCCUAACAUACAGCAAGUAUUUGUCAAAGUUUCAAAAGAGGAGAUCACUGAUGACAUUGAAAGAGAACUAUAUAUUUGCCGAAAGCUGAUUGAGCGAGCAGUAAAAUCUGAAGAAUGGAAAGAUGAGCUCUAUUUUUGUUCUUUGUCAAAUCAAACAAUUGUAUACAAGGGCAUGCUUCGCUCAGAGGCUUUGGGGCAAUUUUAUUUGGACCUCCAGAAUGAACUUUACAAAUCAUCUUUUGCUAUUUACCAUCGAAGAUACAGCACAAAUACUAGUCCUAGAUGGCCUCUUGCACAACCAAUGAGGUUACUUGGUCAUAAUGGAGAGAUCAAUACAAUACAGGGCAACCUGAACUGGAUGCAAUCUAGAGAAGCAACAAUAAAAUCUCCUGUCUGGCGUGGUCGUGAAAAUGAAAUUCGCCCGUAUGGAGAUACAAAGGCAUCCGAUUCAGCAAAUCUUGAUAGUGCUGCAGAGUUGUUGCUAAGAAGUGGUCGAAGCCCAGCAGAAGCUUUGAUGAUUCUUGUACCUGAGGCAUAUAAGAAUCAUCCAACAUUGAUGAUAAAAUAUCCAGAGGUUGUUGAUUUUUAUGACUAUUAUAAAGGACAAAUGGAAGCUUGGGAUGGACCUGCCUUACUUUUAUUCAGUGAUGGAAAAACAGUAGGGGCCUGUCUUGAUCGAAAUGGUCUUCGUCCUGCUCGAUAUUGGCGAACAAUAGAUGAUGUAGUUUAUGUUGCAUCUGAGGUCGGUGUCUUGCCAAUGGAUGAGACGAAGGUAAUAAUGAAAGGUCGAUUAGGUCCGGGAAUGAUGAUUACUGUUGAUCUGCAGAGUGGUCAGGUUUAUGAAAAUACAGAUGUUAAAAAGAGAGUAGCUGCAGCGAAGCCCUAUGCAAAGUGGUUGAGUGAAAAUAUGCGUACCAUGAAGCCCGUCAACUUUCUCACGUCUGUUGCUAUGGACAAUGAAAUGGCUUUAAGACACCAACAGGCAUUUGGCUACUCAAGUGAAGAUGUUCAGAUGGUCAUUGAGACAAUGGCCUCCCAAGGGAAGGAGCCGACAUUUUGCAUGGGUGAUGAUAUUCCAUUAGCUGUCGUAUCUCGGAAACCACAUAUGAUUUACGACUAUUUCAAGCAGCGCUUUGCCCAGGUUACAAAUCCUGCGAUUGACCCCCUCCGAGAAGGCUUAGUUAUGGCUCUUGAGGUCAAUAUUGGAAAACGUCGAAAUAUUUUAGAGGUUGGACCUGAGAAUGCUGCUCAGGUUAUUUUGCCGAGUCCUGUGCUGAAUGAAGGGGAACUUGAUUUGUUGAUGAAGGAUUCAAAUUUAAAGCCUCAAGUAUUGCCAACAUAUUUUGAUAUUCAGAGGGGCUUAGAUGGUUCACUGGAAAGAACAUUAGUGGAACUCUGUGAAGCAGCUGAUGAAGCUGUUCGAAAUGGUUCCCAACUUCUUGUACUUUCUGAUCGUACUGAGGAGCUGGAACCAACUCGUCCUGCUAUCCCAAUACUUCUUGCUGUUGGUGCUGUCCACCAGCAUCUGAUUCAAAAUGGAUUGCGGAUGUCAGCUUCUAUUGUUGCCGAUACUGCUCAGUGUUUCAGCACCCACCAAUUUGCAUGUUUAAUUGGAUAUGGGGCCAGUGCUGUAUGCCCAUACUUGGCAUUAGAAACAUGCCGCCAGUGGAGGCUGAGCACAAAAACUACUAAUAUGAUGCGGAACGGAAAGAUGCCUACUGUAUCAAUCGAGCAGGCUCAAAGGAACUUUUGCAAGGCUGUAAAAUCUGGUCUUCUUAAGAUUCUUUCAAAGAUGGGCAUCUCAUUGCUUUCAAGUUAUUGUGGGGCACAAAUAUUUGAAAUAUAUGGCCUUGGACAAGAAAUUGUUGAUAUCGCUUUUCGUGGAAGUGUAUCUAAAAUAGGUGGUCUAACUCUUGAUGAGUUGGCACGGGAAACCUUGUCAUUUUGGGUGAAGGCUUUCUCAGAGGAUACAGCUAAGAGGCUAGAAAACUUUGGGUUCAUUCAAUUCCGACCAGGAGGAGAAUAUCAUGGAAAUAACCCAGAAAUGUCAAAACUACUUCAUAAGGCAGUUCGUCAAAAAAGUGAAAAUGCAUUUGCUAUUUAUCAACAGCACCUUGCAAAUCGACCUGUUAAUGUUCUCCGAGACCUUCUUGAAUUUAAAAGUGACCGACCACCGAUACCUAUUGGCAAAGUUGAAUCUGCAUCCUCCAUUGUCCAACGCUUCUGCACUGGUGGGAUGUCUCUUGGAGCUAUAUCAAGGGAAACACAUGAAGCAAUCGCGAUAGCAAUGAACAGAUUAGGUGGAAAAUCCAACUCCGGGGAAGGUGGUGAGGAUCCGAUUCGUUGGCGUCCACUAACAGACGUUGUUGAUGGCUAUUCUGCAACACUUCCUCACCUUAAGGGUCUUCAGAAUGGAGAUACUGCCACCAGUGCAAUCAAACAGGUUGCUUCAGGACGUUUUGGUGUCACUCCAACAUUUUUAGUCAAUGCUGACCAGUUGGAAAUUAAAAUUGCACAAGGUGCAAAACCUGGGGAGGGGGGUCAACUUCCUGGUAAAAAAGUUAGUGCUUAUAUUGCCAGGCUAAGAAAUUCGAAACCUGGGGUUCCACUUAUAUCUCCACCACCGCAUCAUGACAUUUAUUCAAUCGAGGAUCUUGCACAAUUAAUUUUUGACCUUCAUCAGGUCAAUCCUAAGGCAAAGGUAUCUGUAAAGCUUGUGGCAGAAGCUGGAAUUGGCACUGUGGCUUCUGGAGUAGCUAAGGGCAAUGCUGAUAUAAUACAGAUAUCAGGGCAUGAUGGGGGAACUGGAGCAAGCCCUAUAAGCUCCAUUAAACAUGCUGGUGGGCCAUGGGAGCUUGGUUUAACUGAGACACAUCAGAUGCUUAUUGAAAAUGGAUUGAGGGAAAGGGUGAUUUUGAGAGUUGAUGGUGGAUUCAAGAGUGGUGUUGAUGUCCUUAUGGCUGCAGCCAUGGGUGCUGAUGAGUAUGGUUUUGGUUCUGUCGCUAUGAUAGCUACAGGAUGUGUUAUGGCACGCAUCUGCCACACAAAUAACUGCCCAGUCGGUGUUGCCAGUCAGAGAGAAGAACUUCGUGCUCGUUUUCCUGGUGUUCCUGGGGAUUUGGUUAACUACUUUUAUUAUGUUGCUGAAGAGGUAAGAGGCAUUUUGGCUCAACUGGGUUUUGAGAAGAUGGAUGACAUAAUUGGCCGAACAUAUCUGUUGAAACCAAAGCACAUCUCUUUGAUGAAGACCCAGCACCUUGAUCUCAGCUAUAUUUUAUCGAAUGUUGGACUGCCAAAAUGUAGCAGCACCGAAAUAAGGAUUCAGGAUGUUCAUACAAAUGGUCCUGUUCUUGAUGACAUUAUACUUUCUGACCCUGAGAUAUCUGAGGCAAUUGAACAUGAAAAAGAGGUCAGCAAAUCCAUAAAAAUCUAUAAUGUUGAUCGUUCUGUUUGUGGCCGCAUAGCUGGUGUUAUUGCGAAGAAAUAUGGAGAUACAGGUUUUGCAGGGCAGCUUAAUAUAGCUUUUACUGGAAGUGCUGGACAAUCCUUUGCUUGUUUCCUGACUCCUGGAAUGAACAUUCGAAUGGUGGGAGAAGCUAAUGAUUAUGUUGGAAAGGGUAUGGCUGGUGGAGAGCUGGUAGUAACUCCUGUUGAGAGUACUGGCUUUUGCCCAGAGGAUGCUACUAUAGUAGGAAACACCUGCUUAUAUGGUGCAACAGGUGGUCAAGUAUUUGUUCGAGGCAAAGCAGGAGAACGAUUUGCUGUUAGGAAUUCUCUUGCCGAAGCUGUGGUCGAGGGUACUGGAGAUCAUUGUUGUGAGUACAUGACAGGCGGUUGUGUGGUGGUACUUGGAAAAGUGGGCAGAAAUGUUGCUGCAGGCAUGACUGGUGGUCUGGCAUAUAUCCUCGAUGAGGAUGACACUCUCAUUCCUAAGAUCAACAAGGAGAUUGUGAAGAUUCAGAGAGUGGUUGCUCCAGCUGGACAGAUGCAGCUGAAAAGCCUGAUAGAAGCCCAUGUUGAAAAAACUGGGAGCAAUAAAGGUGCUGCAAUCUUGAGGGAGUGGGAGGCAUAUCUGCCUCUAUUUUGGCAACUUGUGCCACCUAGUGAAGAAGACACACCAGAGGCUUGUGCAGACUUUGAGAAAGUAGCAGCUAAGAAGGGGAUGACACUACAAUCAGCAUAAGAUUAGAAACAUAUGAAUCUAUAAACUGCCAAUUACUUGUGCAUUAAGCAGCAGAGUGACAACUCAUCAGCUGCCACAAAUGGGAGUCAAUCAGCAUUGUGGAUGGCUGAUGCAACUACACUGAAGGAUGAAUACAGAGUUAGGAGAAAGUUCAAGAUCUUAUACACUGGACCGUUCCAAUUCGUCAUGUUUAUGGAAUGAAAGCAAUUGCAAGCUUCAAUUAUGCAUGCGUCCUAAUUUUCUUGUUGCUUGCUAUUGAUUUCAACCAGGACGGCUAGACUUCUGUACAGUUGGCUGUGGUUUUGUGCUUUUGUAAAUAAAACCUUGGUAUUUUAAUUCUAAGUUUGCAAUUUCAGCCAGACUGCUUUUGUCAUGUGUAUUACCUUUGCUGUAGCUGUUGGGCCUAUGGAUAAUAAGUGGUAAAGUUAAUAGCUCAAUGUUUGCAUUAUCAUUUGCAUUCA